AGUCGUCAUCAUGCUGUGGAUAGUCUACUUCUUUCUUAUACACUGGGCCAAACGUUAUGACAGGAGGGACAUCGAACAAGUGGGAGUUAUUCCGUGUGUGGACAACAAGCAGGGGGACCAGUAUGUGUAUCUUGUAUGCUUCAUUACCGGCUGGUGGAAACAUGCAGGGACAUCUGCCAAUGUCUACUUCUACAUGACGGGGACUGAUGGAGUGAGUGGAAAGAAGCAUGUGAACACUGCGGACCGAGUGUGCCUGCAGCCGGGGAGUGAAGACUGGUUAGUGGUCACAACAGAGCACAGCUUGGGGCACAUCUCCUCCAUCACAGUCUGGCAUGACAACACAGGAAGCAAUCCACACUGGUACCUGAAUCAGGUUCAUAUCAAGGAUGUUGAGACUGGCUCGUCCUGGAACUACAUCUAUAAUGACUGGCUUGCCGUGGAUAUGGGUUCCCUCCUCUCCACCACAGCUACCAUUGAAGCCACAUCGGAGGAUCAGAUGAGGGUGAAGCUGAAGUACAAGUUCAUGAUCCAGUUUAGCCGGGAGAUAAGGAACGGCCAUUUGUGGAUCAGCAUCUUCUCCAAGUCCCCAGCAAGCCAGUUCACACGCGUUCAGCGGCUCACGUGCGCCCUCUCCCUUCUGCUCUCAACUAUGUUAACCAACCUCAUGUUCUACGGCAUCCCCACGGACGAACCCGCUGACCAGGUGAAGGCUGGGCCCUUCAGUCUCAACCUUACACAGAUUGUUAUUGGAAUAGAGAGCAGUCUCAUAAUGUUUCCAGUGAAUCUUCUUAUAAUACAGCUGUUUAUGAAGGUCAAGCCACGAGAGCGAAAAAUGCGCCGCAAGAUGAAAGAUCCAGAUGAAACAUUCAUUGCCUCAUUCAAUGCAUCCAUGACUGAUAAAGGUUCUACUCGAGAGACAGUGUCUGCAAUGACAGUAGAUUUCGAUUUAAAAAAAAAAAUACAAAGGCAGCUUGAUAUUGAUCUGUUUCGUUUGCUGUAUACAGAUGCUAUCAGAGACCAUUGCAAGGUUGUUCCUAACCUAGUCACAAAACUUUUGAUUGAAAAUCUGCCAGACCGAUUUUCAUGGUCAGUUGCUGGAGAGGCCUUGGAUAUGAAUGUUGUGUUAGACAACCAAGGACAAUUUACACUUGCCCCUCGUGAAAAGGAAACUGGGGGUAAAGAAGAUCUUGCCCUGAAACCAAAUAGGUCUGAUCUAUCGCUCGCAGAUGACUUUUACAAGUCGGCGUUAAAGUUUGAUUCGUGUGGAGAUAUUGGUCACACAACUCGCAGUCCGACUAUCAGCAUGUCGGGAGAUGCUUCUUCACAAACAGCCAGUGAGAUAAAGCGGUUUUCAACAGAAAGCAUUUUUUCAAAGGAUAGGUGUGUCUUGGAUGAGGCUCCCAUUGUGGUGCGCGCAAAGAAAGACCCAAGAUUCCUACCAUGGUGGUUCCUGUAUGUGGCCUGGACAGUUGCUAUAUCAGUGUGUUUGGUGUCCUCCUUCUUUGUGAUGCUCAACGGUCUCAAGUUUGGCUACACGCUCAGCAUUGAGUGGCUCGUCUCCUUCGUCACCGGAUUUUUGCAGAGUGUGCUUGUCCAACAGCCCCUCAAGACGCUGGUCGUGGUAGUACUGCUGACGAUGAUAUUUAAAAAAGACGUGGAGUUUGAGGAUGUUGGAGCAGACAUGGAACUGGACAAUGAUGAGGAAUACUUGUGUUCAGUGAACCCUAAGCCUGACAGCCACCUGUCUGUUGUCCCACCCCUGCCUCAACGCAUGAUGGAAGCCAUCAAACAGAGACUAAAGUUUGAGUUGUUGAUGGACUUGACCAUUUGUGACAUGAUCCUUCACUUUAUCUACCUGACCGUGGUCAUCCUGAUGCUAACUGGACAUCGUAACAUCACCACUAUCUUCCAAACCACACGCGCAGUCCGCACUGUC